AUGGGCCGGUUGGUCUGGGCAGCGGCAGCCCUCGCGGCCGCCCGCGCCGCGCCGACGCUCGCGCCGUCCCGGACCCCGGCGCCGACGGCCGCGCCGUCCCCCGACGCGACCUGCGCCUCGAUCUGCGCCGCGGCCUCCUGCGACGCCUACAACGCGAAAUACUGCGAGCUCGCGGCGAGCGCGCACGGCUGCGACUGCGACGGCUGCCGCUGCGCGGGCGCGACGGCCGCGCCGAGCUGGGCCUGCGCGGGCACCUGCGCGGGCCUCUUCUGCUCGUCCUACGACGCGGCGACGUGCGGCCUCGCGCGCGGCGCCGGCUGCGAGUGCGACGGCUGCGCCUGCGACGACGACGACGACACCUCCGCGGCGCCGCCCCCCUUCCUCGUCGCCGUCAUCGCCGUGUUGGCCGUGCUCGCCGUCCUCCUGCCGCUCGGCGCCUACGCGUUCGCCACGGAGCGCGCCGCGGCGGCGAAAUGUCCCCGGGAGCCGCCGCCCAAAGACGUCGAGCUGGGCCACCUGCCGGACAUGAGCGAGGCCAAGGUGCCCGAGGAGAUCUUCCUGCUGCCGGCCGCGGGCAGGAAGGAGCGCAAGUCGUCCUUCGCGUCCGACGCGUCCGCGGCGCAGCUCGCCAAGGAGCGGCGGCCGUCGCUCUCGGACGUGCUCGGCGUGCCGCCGCGCGGCCGCGUCGAGUGCGAGGACGGCCGCCUCGUCGCCGACGACGCGGCGGACGCGCCGGGCCUCGACGACGCCAACGCGCCCCUGGCGACGCUCUCGGACGCGGGGCUCCGGCGGCUCUGCGAGACGCUGGGUUUGGACCAGGGCGGCAAAAGAGAGCGAAAUUCCCAACUUCAAAGGCUCCGAUCUCGGCCGUUUUCCACUCGUUUCGGCUGA